CGGGUCUGGGGCGGGGCGUUCGGCUGGAUUCCCCGGCCGAGGCGCUGAGGGGAGCUGUGGAGGGUUCGGCGCCGGCAGGAAGAGGCUGGGAGCUGAGGGGAGUCCGACGCCGGGUGUCGCGGGACUUUCUCCGAGCUAUGAAACCUACGUAGUCAAGCCCCACAAUACUUCUGCUGUCCGAUGUGUGAUGAGGAAGAGAAUUUGGCUUUGGAACGCUGGGAACCUGAGGCAUCGCCGAGGACUCGGAGCCCAGCCCUGACCACUAGAGAGCCCACAACACAAUGAACAAAUUGAACUUCCAUAACAACAGAGUCAUGCAAGACCGCAGGAGUGUGUGCAUUUUCCUUCCCAAUGAUGAAUCUCUGAACAUCAUCAUAAAUGUUAAAAUUUUGUGCCAUCAGUUGCUGGUCCAGGUGUGUGACCUGCUCAGGCUAAAGGACUGUCACCUCUUUGGACUCAGUGUCAUACAGAAUAAUGAACACGUGUAUAUGGAGUUGUCACAAAAGCUUUAUAAGUAUUGUCCAAAAGAAUGGAAGAAAGAGGCCAGCAAGGUACGACAAUACGAAGUCACUUGGGGUAUUGACCAAUUUGGGCCUCCUAUGAUUAUACACUUCCGUGUACAGUAUUAUGUGGAAAAUGGCAGAUUGAUCAGUGACAGAGCUGCAAGAUACUAUUAUUACUGGCACCUGAGAAAACAAGUGCUGCAUUCUCAGUGUGUGCUCCGAGAGGAGGCCUACUUCCUGCUGGCAGCCUUUGCCCUGCAGGCUGAUCUUGGGAACUUCAAAAGGAACAAGCACUAUGGAAAGUACUUUGAGCCAGAGGCUUACUUCCCAGCUUGGGUUGUUUCCAAGAGGGGGAAGGACUACAUCCUGAAGCACAUUCCAAACAUGCACAAAGAUCAGUUUGCACUGACCGCUUCCGAGGCACAUCUGAAAUACAUCAAAGAGGCCGUCCGACUGGAUGAUGUCGCGGUUCAUUACUACAGAUUGUACAAGGAUAAAAGGGAAAUUGAAGCUUCACUCACCCUUGGAUUGACUAUGCGCGGAAUACAGAUUUUUCAGAAUUUAGAUGAAGAAAAACAGUUACUUUAUGAUUUCCCCUGGACAAAUGUUGGAAAGUUGGUAUUUGUGGGGAAAAGAUUUGAGAUUCUGCCCGAUGGCCUGCCUUCUGCCAGGAAGCUCAUAUACUAUACGGGUUGCCCCCUGCGCUCCAGGCACCUGCUGCAGCUGCUGAGCAACAGCCACCGUCUCUACAUGAAUCUGCAGCCCAUCCUGCGCCACAUCCGGAAGCUGGAGGAAAAUGAAGAGAAGAAGCAAUACCGGGAGUCUUACAUCAGUGACAACCUGGACCUGGACAUGGACCAGCUGGAGAAGCGCUCUCGGGCCAGCGGGAGCAGUGCGGGCAGUGUGAAACACAAGCGCCUUUCUCGUCACUCUACCACCAGCCACAGCAGCUCCCACACCUCAGGCAUUGAGGCCGACACCAAGCCACGGGACACAGGCCCUGAGGACAGCUGUUCCGGCAGUGCUCUGCACCACAAGCUGAAAACUUGCAGCUCGAUGACCAGCCAUGGCAGCUCCCACACUUCCGGGGUAGAGAGUGGUGGCAAGGACCGCCUGGAGGAGGACUCGCAAGACGAUGAAAUUGAAAUGUUGGUCGAUGACCCCAGGGACCUGGAGCCCAUGAAUGAAGAGUCUCUGGAAGUCAGCCCAGACAUGUGCAUCUAUAUCACGGAGGACAUGCUGAUGUCCCAGAAGCUGAAUGGACACUCUGGAUUGAUUGUGAAAGAAAUUGGUUCAUCCACCUCCAGCUCAUCAGAAACUGUGGUGAAACUGCGUGGCCAGAGCACCGAUUCCCUUCCACAGACUGUGUGUCGAAAACCAAAGACCUCCACUGAUCGACAUAGCUUGAGCCUUGAUGACAUCAGACUUUACCAGAAAGACUUCUUGCGCAUUGCAGGUCUGUGUCAGGACACUGCUCAGAGUUAUACCUUUGGAUGUGGCCAUGAACUUGAUGAGGAAGGCCUGUAUUGCAACAGCUGCUUGGCCCAGCAGUGCGUCAACAUCCAAGAUGCUUUUCCAGUUAAAAGAACCAGCAAGUACUUUUCUCUGGAUCUCACUCAUGACGAAGUUCCAGAGUUUGUUGUAUAAAGCCCAUGUGUGGGCAGCCUGCUGUUGGCCAGCGGCUGUGGGAGUUAUGGGCUCUUCCCGUAGUCCUUGUGCCAUAUCUUCACCCCAAACAGCUCUUUCUUUAUAAUAUUUGUGAUGGAAACAAAGCCUUGAGACAAUUGCACUUUAAGUAUUAUGCAGAAGUAAACGUUACAGAGAAUGUACAGCAAGACAAGUGCCAGAAGUUGAUGGACCCUUGGGAGGGAAAUAUGCUUUACUGGUUACCAAGCCUCUGGAACACCAAAGCAUGGUGUGCUUUCUUCGCU